AUGCCACAAGGAGAGUAUAUCGAAGAGUUUCAAAAGCGCUCAGGGAAGAGACUUGAUCAUGACGAGAGAAAACGGAAACGAGAAGCACGAGAGGUUCACAAACGAUCAUCGAUCUCCCAGUCGAUGCAUGGCCACAAGGCCAAACUGCUCCAUGCCAAACGUUACAGCGAGAAGGUGGAGAUGAAGAAACGGAUCCGAGAACAUGAGAAGAAAGAUGUCAAGACGAAAUCGACAGCAGACGAUGGUUCAGGAGCCCUGCCGACUUAUCUUUUGGAUCGAGAGAAGGAGAAUAAGGCUAAAGCUUUAAGCAGUGCACUCAAGGAGAAACGGAAGGAGAAGGCUGGAAAGUACUCGGUACCGCUGCCCAAAGUCCGGGGAAUCGCCGAGGAUGAAGUAUUCAAGGUGAUGAAAACCGGUAAACGGAAACAAAAGGCUUGGAAACGAAUGGUUACCAAAGCCACCUUUGUCCCUGAGAACUUUACCCGUAAGCCGGUGAAGAUGGAGCGAUUCAUCCGACCGAUGGGGCUUCGAGUGAAGAAAGCCAACAUCACACAUCCCGAACUUCAAGCGACGUUUCAAUUGCCGAUCAUCGGAGUCAAGAAGAACCCUCAGUCACCAAUGUACACUCAGCUGGGCGUGCUAACCAAAGGGACAGUGAUCGAGGUGAAUGUGUCCGAGUUGGGAUUGGUGACAACUGGUGGAAAAGUCGUUUGGGCUAAAUAUGCUCAAGUAACAAAUAAUCCUGAACUAGAUGGCUGUGUGAAUGGUGUUUUACUUGUAUGA